AUGGCUUCACCGCACGAAAUCAUCGCAUCCGAGACCAUACCGAAAGCACGCCAAAUUCUGCACAUCGUGCCACGCAAACCUCGCACAAACUUCUUCAGCCUUCCGCGCGAACUGCGCGAUGAGAUCUACAAGUACACACUUGUCGAGCCCACCCUCUGGCACCGACGUCACAAGUCUGGCUGCGGUUUCCAGUUUCCACAUGGCUAUAAUUUUCGCCCAUCCCAAGAACCUGUCUUCGAGCGCGAAGAACACGAGGAGUCCGAUUACGGCCGUGCCCCCGUAUGCCGUAGUUACAGGAGUGUCGACGACGACAACGACGACAUUCGGGAAUGCAAGCUCGGAGACAACUGCUGCAAGGACAUUGCGGGCCAGGAGCAAUUCACUAAUGCGCUUACCGGCCUGUCGAGGGAGAUACUAGAAAAAGUCAAGCGCAUUUCGGUGAUUGACAGGAAGCCUUCUCUUAUGCUCUCAACAUCCUUCCACGUGCUGCGGGCGAAGGCCCGCGAGUACCUCCAACGUCUUGUAGGCCUGGUGGAACUCGAGCUCCCGCCCUGGUGGACUACAGACAUCCCUGAAGGGAUUGCAUACCUCGAGCCGUUAUCCCGGCUGCGAGUCCUACGAGGCGUCAUAUUGCAUUCGUUUAUUACGCUUUCAGAGGAGCCAGGAGCACGCGGAACCAAGACUUGGAUUCGAGUGGUGAAGGGCGUGCCAUCCUCCUUUUGUGUUUGUUCCCACGAACACAUAUCCUACCGAACCUCCCCGCAGAUGAGUUCAAAUGUUUCAGCAACUGGGUGGGAAGCGUGA